AUGACGGGCUCGUUCCACGGGCUGCAGUCGAGGCCGCGCCUGCACCGAGUCUCUAGCGGGGCGCAGCGACCGCAGUGUUGCCGCCGGCAGAGGCGACGGGGCCCAGCGAGAAUCCGAGGCCGGGGCGCCGACCGCCGAGCGUGCCGCUGGAGCGCAGCCGCGCCCGCGUCCGCGGCUUGGUGCACCAUCUGCUGCGGCACGGCUUUGCAGGCGACCGCCUCUGUGGGUUCGCUUCUGCCGUCUGCUCCGCAGCCGCGCCCUCUCUCUGCGCGUGCCUUGUCGUGUUCGUGCGCGCUUCCUCCGGACCCCCCGCGGUCGCCGCUGCAAGCUCCUCCAGCGGCGGAUCCCGACGAGGACGACGACUUGCCGCUGCAGUCCCUGACACCCCGCACUUCGUUGAGGCCCUUUUCCAGAAGGUCGGCGAGCCCGGCGCCGCCGCGGCCUGCGCGCGCCGCCGCAGACUGCGAGGCGCCGCCGUGGCCUGCGCGCGGCUUCCACGGCGCGGCGCUUCACGGUGCGCCGCUCUUCGACGGCUUCUUGGGCAGGAGCACAGGCCAGCCGCCCGCGCGAGAGGAGACUGCGCCCUCUGCACGCGCUCCGCAGAGGGCCUUCGUCGCGGCCGCUCCCUUCGCUUCGCCCCAGCGUGCGCCGUCUCUCGCCGCCGCCGCGCCGUCUCCCUCGGGCGCCGAGCCCGAGGGCGACGCCCGCCGCCCAUCGCAGGGAGGCAUCGGAGAACGUGGAAGGCAGCAGGCUGGAGCUGCGCGCGACCUCGGCGCCCAGAGUCAGUGGAGCCCCGCGGGCGCCUCGACUUCCCCCGCCACAGGGCGCGAAGACGGCUGGGCCUGCCGCCAGGUGCGCCGCCACGGGCACUCGCGAGGAGGCCGCGCAGGGGGCGGAGACCUGCUGGAGGCCCGUGGGGACUCCUGCGAGAGGCGAGACGACGCGACGGGUGCCGCGGCUGCGGAGAAGUGCUCCGCGAGUGAAGGCGAGGGCAAAGCAGCCAGGGCAAACGAAGCGCAGACCGGCUUGUGGCGCUCUCUCUACGGGCGCCAGCACCGGCGACGCGCGGGCGAAAGCGACGCUCGCGGGGGGGCCGCGGAGCCCCAGCGCAGAGGGAGAGGCCGGUGGUCGCUCUGGGCUGCGCUCGCUGCGGAGGAAUCCGGCAGCGACGACGAAGAAAGAAGCGAGGCUUCCUGGUCGGAGUUCUUGGAAGACGAAGAGCGCCGAGCGCGCGGAGACGCGCCGCGCACCGAAACGCGCACAGAGACUCGCAUGGCUUUCGAGCCCCUUGGCGCGCAGGAAGCCGACGGCCGAGGCGGGUGCGAGGAGAGACACUCGCCAGAAGGCGGCCGCGGAGAUCCAAACGGCGGGACGCUCUCCUUCGUCGUGCAGCCGCUUCAGCCGGGCAAACCGUCUGGCCGUCCGGUUGGCGGCGAAGGCGCCCCGAGGCCCGAGGACGCAGGCGGCUGCGAGUCAGCCCCGCGCGACCGAGAGUGGAUAGCUUCUCGUCCGCCGCUGCCCUUUCUUCCGCCUGCGGCCCCUCCCGUCUGGCGGGCGCAUGCUUCACGAGAGGCGCAGAUGCUCCUACACUGGCACCACUGGCUGUACUGGCGGGCUCUCCAGGGCUACGCCGAGAGACCGUGGAGCCUUGGGGGGCCGGUCCCGCCCAUCGCCGCCCGGGCCCCGCCCGAGGCGGGGACUGCGCGACCCCCCGAGAGCGUGGCUGGGCGCGAGCGGCUGGCGGGCGCAGGCCGCGGAGGGAGGGCGCAGGCAGGCCCUCCCGCGCGAGGAGAGUCCGGGGAGGACUCCGCGGAAGAAGAGCUCGAGCGCCUGUUUUUCGGCGAGCCGCGCGGCCGCCGCAGAGCCGCGCGCGCGCGCGAGAGGGCGGAGAGAGUAGAGCAGGCAGCUCACUCGAAGAGGGAGGUAGAGGCUGGCAGCACGGGCGAAGCCGCGUCGCGAGAAGCUCCAGGUCUUGGACAGGCAGACAUGGCCGCGCCUCAGCGUCUUCCUGUCGGGUCGGCGCUGGGCUGCCUCCCCCAACAACCUCGCGACCCUUCUUCCUUUCCGUCGCACCGUGUCCCUUCGCUCUCGUCGAGGCCUGCCUCCGACCCUGCCUGCCUCUACGCGCCUCCUCUCUCCGCGGCGUCCUCUCCGCCACCGGGCUUGUCCCACGUCCCCUCUGCCGGCGCUCCCUCCUCAGCGGCGGCCGAGGUCUACGGGCGCCCCGGGGCGUCUGCAGCGCCGCCUCUCUGGCAGCCGUACCUGCCUCCACCGUUGCCUUUCUUCCCGGCGGCGGCUCACUCUGUCCAUGGGGCGCCGCCCGCUGCCGCAGCGUUCUGUUCUCAGCCUCCCUCCGCCCGCGCGUCGCCCUCUCCCGACGCCUCCUCGUCGUCUUUUCUUCUGCCUCAUCCGCUCUUCGGGGGUGUGGCACUACCGUGGGUCGGCCCUCCCGGCGCCGCCGCGCCUUGCACGGGGGCGGGCCUGGAGCGACAUGCAGCCGAGGGGUCGGGGGCUGCGCCGCCUCUGGGCACUAGAGCCCAGAGGCCCGGGUCUCUGACCGUGGUCGCGGCGCGCCGGGCAAGCGCCACCGCGCCUGGGGAGGGGUCCGCACCUCAGCCGUCGAAGCCCCGCGAGAGCCACCGACAGGCAGGUUCGUCUUUCCGCUCCUCUCUGUCCUCGUACCUGUUUCCCUGGCCGCAGCGGAAAGCCGAGGGCACUCGCGACGCCGCGCGGCCGGAGGCCCUCGGUGCCUCCACGCCUCACGGCUCCAAAUGGGGCGCCGAAGACGCCGUCGGAGCGGGGUCCGCGGGCGCGGCGCCCAGCCCGGCGCGGUCGACGACUCCCUCCGAGACGUCGCUCGCAGGCGCCGGCUGCGACGGCCGGACGCAGGCUCAGGGAGAAGGGUCUUCGUCCUCCAUCUCCUCUUCGUCGAUCUCUUCGUUCUCCUCGCGGUCGCUCGGUUUCGCCGAGCGAGCCGCCCCAUCGAACGGACCCGAGGAGGGAGAGCGGCGACUGCAGGCGGAGGGCGUGAGUCGAGGAAGGGACGAACAGCGGCCGAAGGAAGCGCCAAUCAUUCUUCCGCUGCCGUCUUGGGCCUCCACUACGGAAGUCCCGGACGCAGAGCGCGGCGGCGAGCGCCUCAGCGGUUCCGAAGACCCAACUCCACGCCGCGGGCGGAAGGCUCCCGGCGACAGCGAGGCAGACCGCGCGGAGAGCGAGCAGGGCGACUACGUCUUAUGGAGUCCGAACGCUUGCGACAAGCGCCUCCUCCGUGCUCUCGAAGAGGCUCAGGCCGACCCGCAUGAGGCCCUCGCGGACGCCGUUGCCUCUGAAGCGCCUAGGCUCCACCCGCCCCCUGCGGGCUCCGCGCCCACGGGCCUACCCGAGACAGGUUUUUCGGCGUCCUGCGGCCUCGAGAAAGACGCAUUGGCGCGCUUGGGACUUUUCCCAGCCUUCCUCUUUGGCGGGCGCGAGGCCGGGCGCAAGGCGAAGGGCCUCGCGGCGCUGCCGCCCGUGAAUGUCGACGUCGACGUCCACAUCAGCGACGCAGCUGACGAGGAGACGACGCUUGCGGCUCUCCCACGGCGAGUGGCGUCGCUGCUGCCGCCCUACGCACCUCAGCGUCUCUUCGCCGGGCGCGCAGCAGGCGAGCGAGCGAGCCCAGACGCUCCCAGAGACGAAGCCAGCUGCGUCUCGACUCUGCAGGGCGAUGAAGACGACGUUUUUGUCAUUGCCGGCGCACCGGAAACUGACGGAGGCUUGGCGAGUGGGAGUCUGAACGCGUUCCUGGGAGGCGCGACAGCGACGGCGGCGCGCUCGGCGGCGAGGCUGCUCACGGGCGCAGCCUGCCAGGAGGCGGAGGUCACCGAACCGCGCAGAAGCAGACACGCAGAAGACAGCCGAGAGAGGGGCGCUCGCGGCGCGGCGGAGUCCGACGCCCGGCUGCGCUCUCCGUGGGCACGGGCGAGGCCGCCACGCAGCGGCACGGAAGCCGCGUCGCGAGCCACCGCGAGCGCCAUCCGAGGGGAUAUGAGCUCGCCGCGCGCCCGCGAAGACUUCGCGGCAUCUGUGCCAGAGACCACAGGAGACUCGCGCAGAGGAGGAGCCUCUGAGCGGCCUACAGAAGCGGCGUGCAGCCUCGAGGCCGAGGCGCUGAAUGGGCGCCCAGGCCUCGACUCCGUCUCCGCCCUCAGCGAAGAAGCGGAAGGAGAGGUUGCCUCUGACGACGCAGCUCAGAUGAGGAGCGACGCGCGACAGGUUCCUUCGCCGCGUUUUUCGUCGUCUCUUUCGCCUGCGGCCUGUCACUCUCCUUUCCCUUUUGUUUAUGAAAGACAGCAGAUGCCUCGCGCUCAGCGCGCGUCGAGUCUGCCGCGGUGCCUGUCGCCACCGCAUUCGCCUUCUCCCCUCGGAGCAGACGCCGAUUCCGCCCUGCCGCGUCGGGUGCCGUGUCCGCCGCGCGGCUCGCGCGCUUCGUCUCGCUCGGCGUCUCCUUCGCGCCGCGCGUUCUUCUCGGCGGAGGCUGCGUCUGGGGCGGGCUCGCUCGUGCUCGACAGCCAGAUGCCUCCCUGCGCGUCUCUGCUUUCUCUCGCUGCAUUCGCGGCGCCUCCGCGAGCUCGAGCCGAAGCAGAAGCGCGCGUGACGGGGGGGCGGCGCGCUGGACACGCGAGAAGCGAGCCCGACGCGGAGAGAAGAGACGACUGGGAGGGCGAACGGAGUCGCAGGCGAGGAGAACCCGCCAAAGAAGAGGAGUCUGCCGCUGAGCAGCAAGCAAAGGAAACAGAAAGAGAAACAGACACAGAGACGGACACAGAGAGGGAGGGCGAAGAGCCGCGGGACGCGGGAGAGACGACUGCGGCGGAAAGCGACUCAGGCGUUCUCGACACGAACGCCUGGCGCGCAGGCGAUUGCGCUGCGGUGCGACCGUCUCCGCAAGGGAUGCGCGCCGAGAUCCAGCGUCGAGAAAAAACGAGGCACGAUGACUGUUGUCGCCUCCGCGCCGCAGAGGAGACCGGACGCGCUCAAAGACACGGCGGCGAAGACGCAUGCGAGGCGGCAUGUGCACCGCUCUCUCCGCCGCGUUCGCCGUCACGUGCGUCUGUCUCCUCCGCCGCCUCGUUGCCCUGGGUUGACGUGAUGCAUGCGGCGCGUUCGCGAGCUCUCGCUGCUGCGUCUGCCGUCCGCCGCGCCGCCGAAGACGCCGCGAAGAAGUCCUUUGCCCUCUCUUCAUCUGCUUUCAUGUCUUCGUCCGCGUCUGCGGGUUUGUUUCGAAAGCGGAGCGAGAAACUCUUUCAGCGGGCGUCGGGGGGUUCGGUGAACUCCGCGGAGGUCGAGGAAGUCGCGCGGCGCAUCCUCUCCGACGGCGACGCCUUCGAGGUCCGCCGGAGGUCUCCCGCGCGGUGCUGCACGGAGGCCGCGGCGUCGAGCGGCGGCGCGUGCGUCUCUUUUGCGAGUGGGGGAAGCGACUUCCACAACUCCUCGAUGCGUCGGGAGGAGACGGCCGGAGACGCGCGCGGCGUCUUCCGUAGAAGCAGCCCCGCGCAGUCUGCGGCGCUGCCGGCUUUCGGGUCGGGUUUCUUGGGCGCGGGGCGAGAGGGCGACAAGCAGAGAACGCGGGCGAAGCAGAUGCAGGACGCGCGACGAACGGCGCUCCACGACAAGCAAUUCCUCCUGAUGCUCCAACAGCAAGUCCUCUGCGAAGACGCGCAGAUCGCUGUGGCCGCGGCCGCCGCCGCGGCGCACCCCGAAGACCGGGGGAGCUGCCGAGAAGGCCCCCGAGGAGGGAGAGGCGGCGAAGGAGAGGCUGUAGACGCCGAGCGGCGCGAUGACUGCCGAGACACGGCCGCGAAAAAAGACGGGGGAGAAUCUUCGACCGGAGGCCGUCAGGGGGCGGAUGCGGGAGGCGACGAGCCGACCCCUAGACUCUAA